AUGAGAGAAUGGACCGGAGCGCGCGAUCCUGCCCAGUGCCUUACCUCUCGAUGGAGAUUCUCGGAUGAUGUGCGUAUACCUGAGACAGCGACAACUAGAUGGCGUCCGAAAGCGUGCAUUCAUUUCCAACAAACUCCAUCUGCGGCCUCAGGUUUCGGUGAAGAGUCGAGGGCCAUGGUACGCGUACGGGAAGUCACGAGGUUAGCCUCAUUUCUCUCUUCGUCAAUGCUGUCGCACGCCUCUCGCUUCUCCCUUGCACACAACCCAAGGCUAUCUAGCGUCAAUACUCUCACCGUCCAUGCAAACUUCUAG